AAAUUCUGGAAUCUAGAGGAAAUUGAAGAGAUCGAAAUUUACGUACUUAGCACUUUAUAUUUUAAAAAGAUCUCAGAAACAGCAGCAGGAUUAGAACUUCGUAUAAUGUGAUUAGUGAAAACAUAGCAGUGAAUAAAAAUUGGUUCAAAAUGAGCAAACAUAUGUAUUCGACGGCAAAUUUGACCGAUAAAGAACUGAAGGAACAAGGGAAUAGGCUUUUUAGUUUACGGCGGUACGAAGAUGCAAAGAAUUGCUAUACAAAAGCUAUUAUAAAAAAUCCAUCAGUGGCCACAUACUUCACAAACCGUGCCCUUUGUCAUCUCAAAAUGAAACACUGGGAGGCAACAUGUCAAGAUUGUCGAAGGGCCCUUGACAUUGAUACAAACCAGGUCAAAGGACAUUUCUUUCUGGGACAGGCUCUGGUUGAACUUGAAUGUUAUGAUGAAGCCAUCAAGCAUCUGCAUAGAGCAAAUGAUCUGGCUCGUGAGCAGAAGCUAAAUUUCGGUGAUGACAUAGCUGCACAGCUACGCACAGCACGGAAGAAGAGAUGGAAUGUACAAGAGGAGAAAAGGAUAGCCCAAGAAAUUGAAUUGCAAACAUAUUUAAACAGGCUAAUAAAUGAAGACAUGCAACGUAGGAUAGAUACCCUGAAACUAGAUGGAAACAAUGAAGAUGAUCGUAAUACAAAAGUAUCCAAAAUUGAGGAAGAAUGUAAUAACUACUCUAGUGAAUUAAAUAAUUUAUUUUCAAAAAUUGACGAUCGCCGAAGGAAGCGCGAUGUGCCAGAUUACCUAUGUGGUAAAAUAAGCUUUGAAAUCCUGAAUGAGCCGGUCAUCACUCCGAGCGGUAUCACUUAUGAGAAAAAGGACAUUGAGGAACAUUUAGAACGCGUUGGUCACUUCGAUCCGGUUACCCGUGUGAAGUUGACGGCAGAUCAGCUGAUACCCAACUUCACUAUGAAGGAGGUCGUUGACGCUUUUCUGCAGGACAACGAAUGGGCCCUCGACUAUUGAACAUAUCUUGCCGCAAACAUAUCUUGUGCUCGCUCUUUAUUUGUGUGGAAUUUUAUUCUGAUUUUACGUUUUUUGUUAUUUGUGCACGAAAGUCUCGUCUUACGGAAAACUCAAAAGCGCGAAUGUGACUAGGGUUGCCACCCGCACUUAAUAAUAAAGUAUUUACGUUAUUUCGGGUAAUUGUGCUCUAUACUUUAUGUGAAAAAUAAAGUACACACGAAAAUACUUUAUUUGAAAAGUUUUAGUCCUAUGCAUGUUUUCGUUAGGCGAAAUACAUCGAUCGCUCAGUUGAUGUCGCCGCUCGCCAACGCCCUUAGCACCUAAGCACUCGUUUUUUUAACAAUUAAAUCUGAACGCAACUUAACCUCAAAUGUCAACAACGUCACUGUCAUUAAUUGUCACA